AUCAGGCAACAGACUAAAAGUGUCCUUUGCUCGCAACGGUUGCACUCGAAACUCGCGUACGGUACUUGUAAACGUGGCUAAAGCAUCUACCAAAAAUACAUAUACAUAAAAAAUAUUGAAUUUUUGCAAAUUGUAAAGUGAAAUUUUGAAAUCGUAGCAAAUAUUUAAAAGUAAAUCAUUCGUGUUUCGUGCAAAGCCUGCAGCGGAGAAGAAUUUUGUGUUUGCUUGUUUCAUUUGGCAAGGCUUCAUUUGCUGCUUCUUUAAAUUGAAAAAUUUUUUGGUUGUACACAAGCACACAUAAAAGUGGUGGUGAAAUCUCCUCUAGGUAGCAAAGUCAGCAGUAAAAAUAUUUAAUUUAAAAGAAGAAAUUCAAAGUUACGCACUUCAGCGAAAACUACGCAUUAGCUAAACGUUCAAAGGCUGCUCAGCACCUACACAUAUACACAAAUAGCUAAAACUGUAGCGCGUCUGCAAUUCAAGGAUACAGCUUUGCUGGGCGCUGCUUUCAAUUCACAUUCUUUUCACACAGCGGUCAAAACGUAAAAUUUCCUCCCCUUAAAAUAAAUAGAAAAUAAUAAUUAAUAUUAAAUUGUUUUGCCUGUUUGUAUAUAAUCAAUUGUUGAUAUAAAAAAGUGCAUAAAAUAUUUGCAAAAUGUUUUCCAAAAUGUUUGUGAAAUUUAAAACGAAAUGAUAUGAAAUCUAAGUUUCAACGGAUUUUCGCAGUUCGCUAGAAUCCGUUAAAAAUAUUGCAAUUUACUGGCAACAGAAGUGCAGUAACAACAACAGUAGCGUGUAGCUAGCAAUUAAAUUUAAGAGUAACCCCAAAUGCCCGAAGCUCUGACACUGCCCGGCAUGGCUGAUGCGGAGCCAGAUUUGUCAACGUUCGAGAAUAAGACCGGCUUAGCCGAGGAUAUGAAAUUUCUGGCAUCGAUGCCAGAGUUGUGCGAUGUGACCUUUUUGGUUGGCGAUACACGCGAACCAGUAUGUGCGGUUAAGGCUGUUUUGGCAUCGCGUUCGCGUGUCUUCGCCAAAAUGCUGUACUCGGCGCCAUCGCCGCAACGCAAACGUGAAGCAUCGACCAAAGAGAAUAAAUUACGGCUUUUCCUUAAGCGCUCAUCGGAGCCACUGUUGAAUCUACAAAAUGCGGCACAACAGAGGAGUGGUUUUACCCAACAAUUAGCUCCGAUACCCGAGCCGGCUGGACAGCAACAUCAGACGCUGAUUAUUGAGGAGUUCGAACCGGAUGUUUUCAGGCAACUGAUAGAGUACAUACACACCGGCUGUGUGACGUUGCAGCCGAGAACACUUUUGGGCGUCAUGAACGCGGCAGAUUAUUAUGGUUUGGAGGAAUUGCGGCGCGCUUGUGCUGGCUUUGUGCAGUGUUGCAUCAAUGUAGACACUGUCUGCGCGUUGCUGGCGUCUGCCGAACGUUACAUUCAAUACAAGUGUACCAAGAGUCUGGUACAAAAAGUGCUGGAGUUUGUGGACGAGCAUGGUAAUGAGGUACUUAAUUUGGGCAGCUUUACGUUGCUGCCACAGCAUGUGGUACGUCUGAUAUUGGCGCGUGAAGAAUUGCGCGCCGACGAGUUUACUAAGUUUCAAGCGGCGCUCAUGUGGAGUAAGAAGUACUUCGACAACAAUCCGAAUAUUGAUAUGAAGGAGAUUUUGGGCAAUUUUCUGGAGUACAUUCAGUUCCAUAAAAUACCGGCGAAUGUACUGAUGCGUGAGAUUCAUCCACUGGGUUUGGUGCCAUACUCGAUCAUUAUGAACGCUUUGGCCUAUCAGGCAGACCCAGAAAGCAUCGACCCCGGAAAGCUGUCUCCCAACUCUAGUCGCUCGCAUGGCCGUCAUAAGCAUCAUCAAUCAUUACCAAAAAUUCGCAAAGCCAAAUCUCAGAGUUUCCGCACACGACGCAGCCCAUCAGAGCGCCGUAGCCCAAAUGCCGCACCCAUAUUUGGUCAAGCGGCAAAUUUGACAUUAAACACCGCCCAAUUGGCGGCCAAUGAUAAGAAACGUAGCCCACUUACACCAAAGAGUCCCAUACUACCACAACCUGAAUCGAAAAGUCCGGGCAGUACUUCGCAGAAAACGCCGACAACAUUAUCCCGACAGGGCACAUUACGUGCUUCACAUCGCCGCAAGAACAGUAUGACUGGAUCGCUAGUGUUGGUACAAGGGCGUCGCAGUCCAGUGGGCUUUAAUGACCGCAGUCCGCAAGGACGUCGCAGUCCAUUGAUUAUGUCCAAUGAUCGUCUUAAGUCUCCGAAUGAAUUGCCUGUACAACCUAUGUUUGGUUUGGGGCUGCAUAGCCCGACCGCGCGUAGUCCUACAGGCGGUGCACGCAGUCCUACGCUAAGCAUGCAUACACAGGAACGACGCUCGCCUAUCGGUGCUGCGGCGCCUGUAGAGUUCGGCCAGCCACGUCGUAGUCCCACUUCAACUGUGCAUGUGCAGGAUGCACACUACGACGAGGGGGAGACAGAUGAGAAUGGUUUAGUGCGCUCAAGCAGUGGCAUAAAGCGUCCAUCAAUCAAUCUCUUCACACCCAUUUAUUUCGGUGGCGAUAAACGUAGUCCACUAACAGCUAUGCCUAUACCACCAAUCACUGUCUCCAAUCCGACGGAAACUGGCAGAUUAGCUGAAAAGAUUGCAGAAUCAAAUGCAGCGGCCGAAGCGGCACGCGAACUGGAAAGGCAACGUGAAGAAAAAGAGAAACAAGAAGCAGCAGCUGCGGCUAAAGAAUCAACACCUGAGAAAAAGGAACGGACAAGUGUCAUGAAGGAAAUACUGGCCUUUGUACGUAAACCAUCUAAGCAUAUUUCUACGCGCACUAAUCGUUUCGCUAAUGCUUUCACACGUGCCGAGUCUGGCUCGUCAUCGGGACCACUUAUUAGACAGAGUACUUUCUCAGCUAGUCCGGCCGCUUCAUCAACUGCGGCGAAAAGUGCGGUCGUAAAGCAAAUGUCCGAAGUUGCAUUCGAACCGAAGAUGUCAUUGAAAUUCGCACACUAUGCAAAAAUGUCACUAAAAUUACGUCGAUCUGCCAAUGACGAUAAGACGAAGCAAGCGGCUGCUGCCAGCACAUCAAAGCGCGCCAGUGCCGACUCCAAUUUCAGCAGUAGCGGCUUGGAUCCACAUGAUGCACAGGUAGGUCGCGCCGGUGGCAGUCUCGGCGGUGGUGCCGGCUCCGGACGUGCAUCACCGCUCGGCGAACUGCCAUUCGAGUUGGCGAAUGUGCAUUUCGAAAAGGUCGGUGAGUCUUAUAUUAAGCACGAGAAGAUACACGAAGAGGAGUACGUGGACGAAGCCGGCACCACAACCGACACAAUUGUCACCAGUUUAGUAGAGGAGAUCACAAAUUCGCUUAAAGUAGUAUCGUUGUCAAGUGAGAACGCACAAAUAACACAUCAUUUUCAACGACGUUCCGAAAGUCGUGAGCCAAUUGAGCCGCGCAUAAGCGAAGAACGGGAAUCCGAUUCGAAUGACCUUGUAAUUCCGGAGGAUUUCCGAACUGAGCUAACCGAAAUUUUAAAGUCCUAUGCAUCAGAACCAAUAUAUGUGAAUUUGCAAGUGUUGCGCCGUGAAACUGAAGAGGCCGAGGCUGCAGCAGCCCAAGCAUUAGCCAAAGCAACCGAAAAUAGUUUAGCGACCGAGAAAUCCCCAUUGCAAUGUCCGAUUAUUGAGUUUGAGCCGCCUUCACGGCGUUCUUCAUUCGACCCACCGCGUUCGCCAUUUUUAGAAAAUUUGCGUAGUCCCGGUGCUGAUACCGAUAAUGAUCUGAUCAACUUACAGCGUUUAGAUUCUGGUGGUGAUAGUUUCGAAAUGGUCGAGGGCGAUCGUAAAUCAAGUCGCGCCGAGUCAAGCUUCGACUGUCCCUAUUCGUCACGUGACACUAGCUUUGACAUAUCCCGUUACCAAUCCACAAGUUACGAAGAUCAAACUUCAAGCUUUGAAAUUGUCGACAUGGAUGAUAAAAAGAAAUCGAAUAUUGACUUGCGUAAAUCGUCCAUUGAACUAGUCGAUGCGGAGACAUUUCAACGCAGUGGCUAUUCUUGUGGACGCAAGUCCUCUUUAGAAACACACUUUGAUUAUACACCCUCCGAUGCGAGUGGCAUGACACCCGCACGCUCACCCAACUUCCCAGUGAGUAAGAAGCAAAAACCCGAAACUCUGCGUGCGCUUCGCAUAUCACCCUUUAGUGCCUUCUCACGUGCCCGUAGCCCACUUUCCAAUCAGACCUCCUCAAACUACAGUUCACGUGACAGUUACGAUUCAAGUUCCUCGUAUCCACAUUCGGCGCCCAGUCACCACGAACCGCAGCGCAGUCCGUUCGCCGAUCCGACGAAAAAGCAUUUUCCGCUCACUAUCAAGCAACGCGAAGAGGAAGUUAAGACUUUUCUCUGUACUGAUCAGCGUUGCGCCUCGAUAUUUGAGCCACGCCCUAGUUCGGUAUUGACGCAACAACUCUCAACUGGUUCGAUGUCUACACCAUCGGGUUAUGGCAAUGGUACACCGUGCCCGGUGGUGUGUAGUGUAGCAGGCGGCUUCUCAAGCGGUAGUGAGUUUGAACCACCAUCACCACGUCGUGCGGCUAGUGCUUCUCCCAAGCAUACCUUCACUUUUCGCAUAGUCAUGAAGAAGGUCGAUAGUUCGCCGGAGGCUUUGUGCACCGAGCGACAUCGUAGCCGCAUAUUUGAUAGAUACCGGCGUAGAGAUAGUAGACGCAAGAGAAUACAUGAGGCUGGCAAGAGUUUUUAAAGAAUGUAAUGGAAGGAAUGUUUUUUUUUUCUUUACCGUGGAUUGAUAAAGCAUAGUUAUAAGCGUGAAUGAAGCUUGGGUUUAAGGGUUGGAGAUUCAUAAAUGUCUAUUAAAGUUAGCGCAACAAGUAAAAAUUGUGCUUGGGUUACAUUG